ACUAUUUAAGACUUCCAUCGAAGGGAGGAAUCGAUAGAUUAAAUGAUUUCGUGUAUUCCUCGCAAAUAAUACACGCCAUGGCUAUGAAGACAUGGACCGAGUUUUUUAGGAGAAAUCGCGAAAUUGAUCCCAAGACUGGAAAUGGGUCUACAAUGGGAGCCCUGUAUUGGCAAUUGAAUGACAUAUGGCCGGCACCGAGUUGGGCAUCCAUUGAACACAACGGCAAAUGGAAAGUCUUGCACUCGUAUGCCAUUCACUUUAUGGAUAAUCAUUUGGUGUCUCCCUAUGAGGACAGGGAUAAGAGUUUAAAGGUAUCAUUUGUAAGGGACGACUAUUUAGGACAGUUGUCAUUUAAUUACUCAAUAAAAGUAUAUAAGUGGUCACAAGUAAACCCCAUUCAUACAGUCGAGGGUCAGACCAAAAGUGACAGUUUUUCGGUGAAUAUUAUUCACACGAUUCCGAUAUCAGAUCUCUUGAAUCAAUCUAAAUGUGACAGAAAUGAGUGCAUUCUCUCAGUU